AUGGCGAGCACUGUACCGAAAACCAUCAACCCCGACGAAGAAAUUAAUGCAUCGGAGCUCGAAACCAGCUCAACUGCAAAAGGCCUGCAUAGUCACGAGCCAGCGCAUGACAGUGAACCAUGCCAGAUGCAUACAUCAGAAGCACACGAUGGCUUGAACACUGCGGGCAUUACUGCUAUGGAUCACGCCGACAAAGACCAAAAUGGCCAUGCGAAGGACGAAUUCGCGUCCACACUAGAUCUUGAUGGUGCUGCAUCACAUGAAAGGCUCACAGAAGACACCGAACGAGUAGCGUCCGACGUCGAAUCGGCACAUAAGAGUGUCAACGAGCAAGCAAAGAACGGCUCUCAGAUUCCUCAUCAGCAACAACCGACUCUCCACAGAAUGCACAAGUUCACACUGUAUGAGACCAAUGCUCGAUAUUGGAUAACUGGUUCAGAUAUCACGGACAAGUAUUACAAAGUGUUGAAGAUUGACCGCACCGCACCUCCAGGUCAACUAUCCGUUUUCGAGGACGAAAUUGUGUACAGCAAANAGGAAGUCACACAACUUCUUACGACGAUCGAUGAUGGCAACAAGGCUACUGGAGGACUGCGCGUCAAGUGUAGCUUCUGGGGCAUUCUGGGCUUUAUCAGAUUCACAGACUCGUACUACGUCUUGCUCAUCACCAAGCGCCAGCAAGUCGCGAUGAUUGGCGGCCACUACAUAUACCAGGUCGAUGGCACUGAGCUGUUCCCUCUAACUGUCGGUGCCGGCUCUCGCUUUGCUCGAGAACGAAACGCCGAAGAAGGCCGCUUUNUGGGAAUAUUGAACAACCUCGACCUUACACGCUCGUUCUACUUCAGCUAUUCGUAUGACAUCACCCGUACACUGCAGUACAAUAUCAUCCGACAGCGCAACGCACUCAACCAGGGAAUCCAACAGCCCGGUCAUGCUUACGACGACAUGUUUGUGUGGAACCAUCACCUCCUGAGUCCGGCAGUGAAACAUCUGAAGAAUGCUUUCGACUGGUGUCUACCCAUCAUACAUGGUUUCAUUGACCAGUCGUCUCUCGACGUUNUUGGCCGCACCAUUUACAUAACUAUAAUCGGGCGACGAUCACGCUUUUUCGCUGGUGCACGCUUCCUCAAGCGCGGAGCUAACGACCUUGGAUAUGUGGCCAAUGAUGUGGAGACCGAACAGAUUGUCUCAGAGAUGCUUACGACCUCCUUCCAUGCUCCUGGGCCUAAAAUGUUCUCGAAUCCAAACUAUACCUCGUAUGUUCACCACAGAGGCAGUAUUCCCCUUUAUUGGACUCAGGACAACAGCGGUGUCUCUCCCAAGCCAGACAUAGAUGUCAACAUGACAGAUCCGUUUUAUCAGCCGGCGGCCAUGCACUUUGACAACCUCUUCAAACGUUAUGGGUGUCCUGUCUAUGUUUUGAACCUGAUAAAGUCUCGCGAGAGAACAGCGCGAGAGUCGAAGCUUCUCACAGAGUUCCAGAAUGCUCUAGCUUACCUCAACCAGUUCUUGCCCGACGACAAGAAGAUACAGUACAAGGCUUUCGAUAUGAGCCGGGCUGCGAAGACAAGAGGUGGGGACGUCAUCGGUACGCUUGAAGUGAUUGCAGAGGAAAUCAUGCAACAGACUGGGUUCUUCCACAAUGGAGAUUCGGAAGAUGGAUUACCUCAAGUGCAGAAUGGCGUGGCUCGAACGAAUUGUAUUGACUGUCUGGACCGUACCAAUGCAGCACAAUUCGUCAUUGGCAAGCGCGCUCUUGGGCAUCAAUUACGAGCACUAGGCGUGAUACCGACUGCGGAUAUGGAGUACGACUCCGACGCCGUCAAUGUCUUCACACACAUGUUUCACGACCACGGAGAUACCAUAGCCAUACAAUAUGGUGGAUCUCACCUGGUCAACACCAUGGCCACGUAUAGAAAGAUCAACCACUGGCACAGUCAAUCAAGAGAUAUGGUGGAAAGCUUCAAGCGAUACUACCACAACUCGUUCCUCGACUCUCAACGGCAAGAGGCAUACAACUUGUUCCUCGGUAAUUACAUAUGGGCACAAGGUCAACCCAUGCUCUGGGAUCUCUCCACGGAUUAUUAUCUGCAUCAUACAGAUCCCAAGAAAUGGCUGGAUCGUCCUCGUAAGAGCUACAUAAAUUGGUUCACGCCAGAGCAUCUUGAGCGACGAACACUGCCGCCAACGACCCAGCGCAGCCAGAUUACAAAACAAAGCCAGCAUCCCGCAGAAUAUGAUGACUACUGGCUGGAGUACUACAGACCUCUUGCUGUGUCAUCGUUUGUCAAGGUAUAUUCUUACAAGAUGAACACGAACCAUCGAUUCCUGCCCGAGAGGCCGAGCAAAGACACAAAGUACGACUUCAGCCCAUUCACUCCUCGCAUCGACCUAAGCAGGAACUCGCCCGACUCGCCAGAGAAGAAGCCUCCGCGUAAAGGUGUGACGAUCGUAGACCCGCAGAGCGAAAACGAGGUUGGGCAUCAACAGCCCGGCAAGAGUGCUGCGGUGACAACAAUACCGGAAGGCAUCCUGCGCGACACAACAGCAGAACGUACGACAGUAGAUCCAGAAAACCAGAAGUCGGUCAAGAUUGCGGAUAAGGCUGCGAUCACACAAAUGACUUUGAACCGUAUCUAUGAACACUCGCUCAACCCUUCUGUCACAGCCGAAGAGACGAAUGAGUAUGAACGUUACAUCACACACCCGACUAAAAUUCCGCUGGUCGUGUCGACCGAGCUGCCGCCAGAGACGACUCUCAACCUAGAUUUUGUGGACUAUGUCAAUAGUGGAAAGGCAGGCGUUGACUCUGGUGAUGAGGGCAGUAAUGGCGUACUGGAGCCCAGUGACGAAGACUUGGCCGAGUUUGCCGAUUUUCUGACCGUCAGAGAAGAUCCGUUGACUGUUUGGGAAGAAGAUGGAGGCAAGAAGAGAUACAAAGCAUACCGCCAGUGGCUCAAAGGCAAAAGUCUGUUCAAGCAAAGCAAGGUGGAUCCGGAGUACCGACAGUGA